AACAGGGGCACAAAACGCCCCCGGGAUGAUGAAGAAGAGGAGCUGAAGAUGCGUCGGAGGCAAGCGGGUACCCGAGAACGUGGCCGCUAUCGGGAGGAGGAAAUGACCGUAGUGGAAGAAGCAGAUGACGACAAAAAAAGACUGCUUCAGAUUAUUGAUAGAGAGGGGGAGGAAGAAGAGGAAGAGGAGGAACCAUUGGACGAAAGCUCGGUGAAGAAAAUGAUCCUCACAUUUGAAAAGAGGUCCUACAAAAACCAAGAGUUGCGGAUUAAGUUUCCAGACAAUCCAGAGAAGUUCAUGGAAUCCGAGCUGGACCUGAAUGACAUCAUUCAGGAGAUGCACGUGGUGGCCACCAUGCCAGACCUGUACCACCUUCUGGUGGAGCUGAAUGCUGUGCAGUCUCUCCUUGGGUUGCUUGGACACGAUAAUACAGAUGUGUCCAUAGCAGUGGUUGACUUGCUUCAGGAAUUAACAGAUAUAGACACCCUCCAUGAGAGUGAGGAAGGAGCAGAAGUGCUCAUCGAUGCCCUGGUAGAUGGGCAGGUGGUAGCACUGCUGGUGCAGAAUUUAGAGCGCCUGGAUGAAUCCGUGAAAGAAGAGGCGGACGGUGUGCACAAUACUCUUGCUAUUGUGGAGAACAUGGCUGAGUUCCGGCCUGAGAUGUGUACAGAGGCAGCCCAACAGGGCCUUCUGCAGUGGCUGCUAAAGAGGCUGAAGGCAAAGAUGCCUUUCGAUGCCAACAAACUGUAUUGCAGUGAAGUGCUGGCCAUCCUGCUCCAGGACAACGAUGAAAACAGGGAAUUGCUCGGGGAGCUGGAUGGAAUCGAUGUGCUUCUUCAGCAGUUAUCCGUGUUUAAAAGACACAAUCCCAGCACAGCUGAGGAGCAGGAGAUGAUGGAGAAUCUGUUUGACUCACUUUGUUCCUGCCUGAUGCUCAGUUCCAAUCGUGAGCGCUUCCUGAAGGGUGAGGGGCUUCAGCUGAUGAAUCUCAUGCUCAGAGAAAAGAAGAUUUCCAGGAGCAGUGCCCUCAAAGUGCUGGACCAUGCCAUGAUUGGCCCUGAGGGUACGGACAAUUGCCAUAAGUUUGUUGACAUUCUUGGCUUAAGAACCAUCUUUCCCCUCUUUAUGAAAUCUCCCAGGAAGAUCAAGAAAGUGGGGACCACUGAGAAGGAACAUGAAGAGCAUGUCUGUUCGAUCCUGGCUUCCCUCCUGCGGAACCUGAGAGGGCAGCAGCGGACCCGGCUUCUGAAUAAAUUUACUGAAAAUGACAGUGAGAAGGUUGACAGACUGAUGGAGCUGCAUUUUAAAUAUCUGGAUGCAAUGCAGGUGGCGGACAAGAAGAUUGAAGGGGAAAAACAUGACAUGGUUCGACGUGGAGAGAUCAUAGACAAUGACAUUGAAGAUGAGUUCUACCUCCGGCGCUUGGACGCAGGCCUCUUUGUUCUCCAGCAUAUCUGCUACAUCAUGGCUGAGAUCUGCAAUGCCAAUGUCCCCCAGAUUCGUCAGAGGGUUCACCAGAUCCUAAACAUGCGUGGAAGCUCCAUCAAGAUUGUCAGGCACAUCAUCAAGGAGUACGCCGAGAACAUCGGGGACGGCCGGAGCCCAGAGUUCCGGGAGAACGAGCAGAAACGCAUCCUGGGCCUCCUGGAGAACUUCUAGAGGCCCCUCAGCCGAGCGCCAGGCCUCACUCAGGCCUUCCUCCCGGAGACAGAUGUUUACACGGCUCAGUGUGGCUUUUGGACAAAUUAAAGCUAGGUUUGGUACCCUGGGC